AUGCGUGUUCUUACCGAUGCAUCUUGCAUUCGUGUGCUUUGUAGUGAGAAAUUGUUAAUAGCCAUCGGAAAUCAGUUGCUUCUACUGUACCUCACAUCGAACGGAAGAACAGAUCGUACGUUUGCACCACUACCACGGCUAGUACAUAAAAUUCAUGGCAUAAAAUCAUGCAUUAUCGAGUCGGGAAAAUAUCUCGUUAUUAUACACGCCGGUCGUGAAGCGUACUGUAUGGUUUUAGAUUGCCAAACACACACAUUCACCGACAGUACGUUGAUCGUUAUGCCCGAAGAAUGGAGCGAACAACCGGUGCCUUACGUACGGCGACGUUUGCAUGAUUGGAUUAGUAGCAUUUCUCUGCUGUCUCCUACACAGCUGUGCAUUGUAACGUGCCAUGGUGUUGCAGCAUUAUUAAAGCGCGAUAAUAACAAUCACUCCCAGCGAUGGGAUCUGAUCGAUAAAAGCCCAUGUGAAGAUGGGUCUACGCUGUACUGUUCUACUAUCACUGGUAGAGAAUGGGAGAACGUUGUGAUCCUUUCCGGAACUGCUCUUGGUCUGCUACUGAUCUGGUCUGUUGAUGGACCAGGGAGCCGUGGCAAGGUGCUGAAAAGUGUAUCAGCCCAUAAUGGAGUAAUUUUUUCGAUAGAAUGUAAUUUCGAUACGGGUUUGCUGAACACUACUUCUGAUGAUCGUUCGAUAAAAUUUUGGAAUGUUGAAUUGUCCGUUAACAAGGAUGAUUGUUCUAAAACAGUUACGCUUCGCGAGGAACGAUAUUGUUUUGCCCACACUGCCAGGGUAUUUCAGUGUCGUAUUAUAAAUGGAGCUCAUCGAACGUUAGUUGCAUCGAUCGGAGAAGAUUCUCACCUCUGCCUGUGGACGACGGAAGGAAAUUUGGUGCUAAAAAAACGUUUAGACGAAGGACCUACCCUAUGGAACAUGGACUAUGAUCCUGAAAGUGGCACCAUAUUCGUAACGGCAAGCAAUGGGAAUUUACAUAAGUACUGCAUACGACACUUUAUCGAGAAUGGUGAUAAUCUCUGUAAAGAUCAAACUGAAAUGAUGGACAUAAGCCCAGUACUGUCGGGUGGUGAGCAUUUGGCAAAAAUUAAAUUCUUACCCAACGGAUGUAUGGUUGCUGUAACGAACCAAAGUCAGAUUAAGCUGCUGGACAAUGAUGGAACAAUUGUGCAGAGCCUCGUUAAGCAGGAAGAAUUUAAAUGUAGCCUUAUAGAAGCUGGAUCAACAUACCUUUACCUCACCGGUGGCGGUUGUAGUAUCAAAAUUUACGACGUCAGUGAAAAGCACUGUGCCCAUCUUGCAAGGAACGCAACCGUAUCGUUUUUACAGGAACCAUUCAAGUGUGAGAAUGGAAGUACAGAUAUUAAAGAGGGUACGAUCCGGUCUCUGAACUAUUGUGCCCGAUCGAAGAAUGUUGCCAUAUGUGAUGCUAGUGGACGGUGCUUCGUGCUAGACGAAAAACUUGCAAUAAUCGUAUCUAGUCACAGAAUACCUCAAUCAGCUGAACGUUGGCUAACGUCCUUCCUGAUGCUCAAUGAAGAGUUAUUGCUAAUGGCUGAUAGAUCGGGACACUUGUAUCUCUUUGCUAAAUCUUACAUUGAUCCCGUGUUUAAACUAACAAAUGUGCAUGGAAAGUUAGGCAUUACCUCUUUCACUAUCGAAGAGCAUCCUGCACAAAAUUCAAGGGAUGGUUUCUAUGUAAAAACAACGGGUCAUGAUGGACGAAUUUGUGAACUCUUUGUGAAUACCGUCACAAGACAGUUAGAACUACUAACAUUCACCAAAUCGAUCAUCGGUUGGAUCGAUCGUAGGAUGGUUCAUAACGCAAGCACAUUCUAUCUAGGCUUUAAUGAUUCCCAUUUCUUAAUGGCCGAUCAGAGCAAUGAGAUACACGUUCAAUUUGACUGCGGGGGAGGCCAUCGGUGCUGGGAUUUUUAUUACAAUCAAAGUUCCGAGACUUUCUCGUAUGUUUUCAUUCAACACAAGCGACUGAAAAAAGUUCAGUUUACAAUGCGAAACAAUGUUGGUAGUGAACUGAGGCUGCCACGUUUUAACUGGCACACAAGAUCCUGCAAUGUGUUGCAGGUGGUUCGACGUGAGAAUUCCUACUUAAUGUUCUCCGGAGGCGAAGACAACAUCCUACGGAUAAAUGUACUGAACCAGGGGGAGCUCAUCGAAGAACAUCGUAAGCAUAUUUUUAAUCACAUUUCAAGCAUAAAAACUAUCACAAUAAAGUCGCAGCCAGAAAACGACACGCUUCUCAUUAUCUCCGCCGGCGGAAGAGCACAGAUAUGCGUGACGAGUGUAAGUCUGAAAAGCUUUCGCAUAAAGCAAGAGCUAGAAUAUAUGCUGCUGGCCACAGACUCCGAGCGUACGCGAUGGAAAACGAAUCGAAAAUCUACCUUCGAUCCGGAAACAAAGUUUAUGUGUGCCGCUUUGCUUUCAAACAACGAUCAAAUCGUUUUCGGUUGUUCUGAUGGGUUUGUGCGAAUCUAUCAGCUUUCCUUUAACGACGAUGGGCAGGUUUCUUUAUCGCUGACGAAGGAAAUAUUUUAUGGGCGAUGCAUUUUAAAGAUGACCACCGUUGAGGUGGACGAUUCUUCACUAUUUGUUUCGAUGGCCACCGAUGGACUGUUAUGUUUUUGGGAUACGGCCCAUUCGGAUGAACCUUUCUAUCGACACCGUCAUCAUAGCAGUGGAGUUAAUGCCGUCGAUGUGAGGCAAGUCGACAAGGGAAAGUUUGUGUUUGCUACUGGAGGUGAUGAUCAGUCAGUAGCGGUAUCUUUGCUAGAAAUUGUGUACCACAGCGGAAAGCCAAACAUUCGGGUGCUAGAGCAGUUGUGUGAAAACUAUCUGCACACUGCACAGGUAACUGGUUUGAAGUUGCUCGACGAUAAUCAAAUGAUCAGCGUUGGUGUCGAUCAACGGGUUUAUGUGACCAAUUUUACCGGCUACGAAAAGCUCGUGGUCGAACGCUCCACUAAUACGUGCAUUGCGGAUUUGAAGGGUGUGUCGCUGUUGCGAGACGAGAAUGAACUAAUUUUGUAUGGCUGUGGAGUAGAAAUAAUUCCCCUGCAAAGCGUUUGA